UAUGGUAUAUCAUCUCUAACAUCGACUUCAUCUGCAGAUCUCAUUCUGAGUUCCUCCCAAUUCCAAGAAUCCAAGGUGGUACCAAAAAUGAAGGAUGCCAUAGUCCUUUACCCAGCUCCAGGGAUUGGCCACUUGUUGUCCAUGGUAGAGCUUGGUAAGCUCAUUCUUAGCCGCUACAACUGCGAAUUCUCCAUUAUUAUUCUCCUCACAACUGGCCCUUUUGACACUCCAGCCACCACCUCUCACAUCGAUCGAAUCUCCCAAACCACCUCUUCCAUCUCCUUCCACCGCUUCCCUUAUCUCCCAUUCACCGCAUCUCCAACUCUUGGUCGUCUGGCCAACAUGUUCGAGUUCCUGAGUCUCAAUGAUUCUAAUGUUCUCCAAUCUCUUCAGCAGCUCUCGGAAGCUUCUUCCAUUCGGGCUGUUAUACUCGACUCUUUUUGCACUUCAGCUUUUCCCUUGGCUCGUGGCCUUGGAAUUCCCACUUAUUUCUUCACUUCCUUUUCUGCUGCUGCUCUCGCUGCCAUCCUCUACUUGCCAACAAUUCACAAACAGACCACCAAGAGCUUCAAAGAUCUUCCCACCACUGUUUUUCACAUUCCUGGAUUGCCUCCACUGCUAGCUACUCACAUGAUAGAACCACUGCUUGACCGAGAGGACCGGACUUAUCACCAGUCGCUACAGUUCUCACUGGAUCUACGAAAAUGUGAUGGGGUUUUGACCAAUACGUUUGAUGGCCUUGAGCCAAUAGCCCUUAUGGCUAUUACAAAUGGGGAAUGCGUUACCGAUGGACCAAGUCCGUCUGUUUAUUGCAUUGGACCAUUGAUUGCAGAUGCUGGUGAAGAUGGUCCAACUCAUAAGCAUGACUGCUUGUCAUGGCUGGACCAGCAGCCGAGUAGGAGUGUUGUGUUCCUGUGUUUUGGCAGCCGUGGAUCAUUCUCGAGGGAGCAGGUGAAGGAGAUAGCUAAUGGGUUGGAGAGAUGCGGCCAGAGAUUUUUGUGGGUGGUGAAAAUUCCACCUGUGGAUAACAAAAGCAAGGAAAUCAAGCAAGAAAAUUUGGUGUGGAACGACUUUGAUUUGGAUGAGCUUAUGCCAGAAGGGUUCUUGGAAAGAACCAAGAAUAGGGGAAUGGUGGUGAAGUCAUGGGCGCCGCAGGUGGCGGUGCUGAGACACCAAUCCGUGGGUGGGUUUGUGUCUCACGUGGGGUGGAACUCAGUGUUGGAAGCGGUGGUUGCGGGAGUGCCAAUGGUGGCAUGGCCUCUCCACGCCGAACAGCACCUGAAUAAGGCUGUUUUGGUCGAGAAAAUGAAGAUGGCCAUUGGUGUAGAGCAGAGAGAUGAUGACAGGUUUGUGAGUGGGGCUGAGUUGGAGAGGCGACUCAAAGAGUUGAUGGAUUCUGAAGAGGGGAGAGAGCUGAGAGAGAGAAGCGAGAAGAUAAGAGAGAUGGCGGUGGAAGCUUGGAGAGAGGAGGGAUUAUCCACUACGGCCCUUGCCAAGUUGGCCGAGAUCUGGAAGCAUGAUUCAGGUUGCAGGUCAAUAUAGGUACCUUUACUUCAGGCGAGGAGUGAUGGCUAGGUCGGGGAAU